GUUGAAGCUGAAGAUGCAGUCGGUAAGUAUAGUGUAGUGUACAUACGACGAACAGACUCCAUCCGAGCGUGUCAUGGCGCGUGACCCAGACCGAUAAAAGAGACGACACCACACAGCAAAGACGUCUCGACGGCCCGAUGCAGCCCGGCGGAUCCUGCGACUGGCUGUAUGUACUUGUACCUGACCCGGCGCUCCCGCCCUCAGCCGCCUUACCGAUCCCUGUCACACAAAGGGUCCACCAAAAAGAUGUCGCCCCUCCCUCUUUCAGUUUCAGCCCGCCUAGCCGUGGUGAGUGGUGACUCUUCAGGACCGACCGCCCUACACUACUUAUCGACCCCGCUAUCGGCCGGCCAUUGGAUCCAAUUCCAUUUGUGAAGCCAUCUUCAAUCGCAAAUCCCAACCCAACUACUAGACACGACGCGCCGCCGUUGAUUGUCCUUUUCCAAAUCACCGCGACACGAGCCACGGUAUACUUCGACACCCACAGCCACCAUGACCACCGAUUCCACUCUUGCCGCGACGGCCGACGCCAAGCUCGCCAUCUCUGGCGACAACACCAAGUUGACCAAGGAGCAGCAGCUGGCCCUCAUCAACGUCAACUUGGCCGAAAUCCUCAACCCCGAGAUUAUCGAAAAGGUCAUUGACGAAGGCCGCGCCCCGAGGAUCUACUGGGGAACUGCCACUACCGGCCGUCCUCACUGCGGCUACCUAGUUCCCGCCAUCAAGAUCGCCCAAUUGCUCGCCGCCGGCUGCCAUGUCAUCGUCCUCCUUGCCGAUAUCCACGCCGUCCUCGACAACCUCAAGUCCACCGUUGAGCUCGUUGGCUACCGCGCCAAGUACUAUGAGCGCACCAUCACCGCCCUCCUCAAGGCCGUCGGCGUCCCUACCGACAAGCUCGAGUUCGUCCUCGGCAGCUCCUACCAGAAGAGCCCCGACUACAUCAUGGAUGUCUACAAGCUCGCGACCCUCGUCUCCGAGCACGACGCCAAGAAGGCCGGUGCUGAGGUUGUCAAGCAGUCCGACAACGCUCCUCUUUCCGGUCUCCUCUACCCCAUUCUCCAGGUCCUCGACGAGGAGUACCUCAAGGUUGAUGCUCAGUUCGGUGGUGUCGAUCAGAGAAAGCUGUUUGCUGCUGCCAAGGACUGGCUUCCCAGGUUGGGCUACAAGGAGCGCGCCCACAUCAUGAACCCCAUGGUUCCCGGUCUCCAGGGUUCCAAGAUGUCUUCCUCCGACCCCGACAGCAAGAUCGAUCUUCUCGAUGCUCCCGAUGUCGUCACCAAGAAGAUUCGCAAGGCCGAGGCUGCCCCCAAGGUCACCGAGGGCAACGGUCUCAUCUCCUUCAUCGAGUACGUCCUGCUGCCCGCGGCCCAGCUUCUCGGCAAGGAGGGCUUCCGCGUGGACCGCUCGCGCGACAACCUCGAGCCCCUCGUCUACACCGACAUUGCCAAGAUCAAGGCCGACUACGAGAGCGAUGUUCUCACUCCCCAACUCGUCAAGCCCGCCAUCUCGGCCGCCAUCAACGAGCUCCUCGCCCCCAUUCAGGCUGCCUUCCAGGCCUCUCCCGAGUGGCAGGAAAUUGCCACUAAGGCCUACCCUCCCGAGAUCAAGGUCAAGAAGGAGAAGAAGGUCAAGAACAAGGGUACCCGCUACCCUGGUGCUGCGGCCAAGCUCGAGGAUGCCAAGGACGAGGCUACUCCUGAGCCUGCGACGGAAAACGCAUAAAAGCAUAGACUGCAUAGAAUGUGUUUGAUUGAUGAACUAUUUUCUUGCAUCUAGCGUCUUUUGUUUUUGAUCAUGUUUGGCUGGGUUUGGUUGGUUAUGUAGGGUAGAUAAAGGGAGUUAUAAAAGUGUAUAAUGUCAGGGUUUGUUUGGGUCAGUUGCUUGUCGUUCGUUGAUGUUUAAAGACAUGGACCUAUAUGGCAUGGAUAGAGCUUUGGUUUCGCGACCCGGUGACACAUAUGCUCGUGCAUUAAGGGAUAGGAAGAUACGAGCUGUGCUCUCUUCACGGCACAAAGGUUUUUAAGCUUGAGAAAGACCAUGUAUCGAGCCGUGACCUCCAUCAGCAGUGGUCAUCUUCCACAACCCGAGCAUUGGCACAGACAAAUCUCCAGCUAUCACAUCUCGAGAACUGGCGUCCAGAACAAUGACGGCGGGCAUGCGGUGGGGCAUGACCAUACAUACAAUGUACAAACAACACCACAGCACGCAUCAACAUAAUCAGGGACUGAACGG